UCUUUUCCAGAGCCCCGAAGAGGGCUGGCAGCUGUAUACCUCGGCCCAGGCCCCUGACGGGAAAUGCAUCUGCACCGCCGUCAUCCCCGCCCAGAACACCUGCUCCCGAGACGGCCGCAGCCGGGAGCUGCGUCAGCUGAUGGAGAAGGUCCAGAAUGUCUCCCAGUCCAUGGAAGUCCUUGAACUGCGGACGUACCGGGACCUGCAGUAUGUGCGUGGCAUGGAGAGCCUCAUGCGCAGCCUGGACGCCAGGCUCCGGGCAGCCGACGGGUCUCUCUCAGCCAAAAGCUUCCAGGAGCUGAAGGACAGGAUGACAGAGCUGCAGCCCCUGAACCCUGUCCUGGAGCAAUACAAGGCGGACACGAGGACCAUCGUACGCCUGCGCGAGGAGGUGAGGAACCUGUCCAGCAGCCUGGCCGCCAUCCAGGAGGAGAUGGGUGCCUACGGUUAUGAGGACCUACAGCAGCGCGUGCUGGCUCUGGAGGCCCGGCUGCACGCCUGUGCCCAGAAGUUGGGCUGUGGGAAGCUAACGGGGGUCAGUAACCCUAUCACCAUCCGUGCCAUGGGGUCCCGCUUCGGUUCCUGGAUGACAGACACAAUGGCCCCCAGUUCUGACAACCGGGUAUGGUACAUGGACGGCUAUUACAAAGGCCGGCGCGUGCUGGAGUUCCGCACCCUGGGCGACUUCAUCAAAGGGCAGAACUUCAUCCAGCACCUGCUGCCGCAGCCGUGGGCGGGCACGGGCCACGUGGUGUACAACGGCUCGCUGUUCUACAACAAGUACCAGAGCAACGUGGUGGUGAAGUACCACUUCCGCUCGCGCUCGGUGCUGGUGCAGCGCAGCCUGCCCGGCGCCGGCUACAACAACACCUUCCCCUACUCGUGGGGCGGCUUCUCGGACCUGGACUUCAUGGUGGACGAGAGCGGGCUGUGGGCCGUGUACACCACCAACCAGAACGCGGGCAACAUCGUGGUGAGCCGGCUGGACCCGCACACCCUGGAGGUCGUGCGCUCCUGGGACACCGGCUACCCCAAGCGCAGCGCCGGCGAGGCCUUCAUGAUCUGCGGCGUCCUCUACGUCACCAACUCGCACCUGGCCGGGGCCAAGGUCUACUUCGCCUAUUUCACCAACACGUCCAGCUACGAGUACACGGACGUGCCCUUCCACAACCAGUACUCGCACAUCUCCAUGCUGGAUUACAACCCCCGCGAGCGCGCCCUGUACACCUGGAACAAUGGCCACCAGGUGCUGUACAACGUCACGCUCUUCCACGUCAUCAGCACCUCGGGGGACCCCUAGGUGCCCCCCCAGGGCUGCCGGGGGAGGGAGGGCCCUGCCCUGGCUACCUGUGUCCCCCCUGAAGCUCUGUUUCCGUCGUGCCCUCUUCCCCUGCCUU